AUGGGCGAGGACGCCAACAAGCUCGUCGUGACUGCUCACGCAGAUGGACCAGCGCAACUGACCUUCGCGCCAGACGGACGAUACCUCUACACGAGCGGUUACGAGGGCUUCGUCCGCAUUUUUGACGCGAGACUGGAUGCAGACGCGAAUGCGGAACCUGCCAUCGUCGACUUCCACGAGGAGGCUGUUACUUCCAUCUCGGCGACCACCGAGUACCUCUGCUCAGCCUCCGAGUCAGGCCAAGUCGUCCUCCACCAAGCCGGCAAAACCGACCUCGACGGCUUCCUCACCCGCUUCUCCCUCCCCGCUCGAAGCGUCCGCUUCGACCCACGCGGCAAGCGAGCAGUCGUAACGAGCGACGAGGUUAUCGCAAAGGUUGUCGAUGUGAAGGAGCCGACGAAGGUGCAGAUCUUGACGGGACAUGCGAGGAGUAUUCGGGAGGCGAGCUGGAGUCCGGAUGGCCAGCUAGUGACGACCAGCUCGACGGACGGCCAAAUCCGCGUCUGGCAGCUCGACGGCGGAACGGAGCCGACUUGCAUUCAGGUCCUCGACGGCCUCAUCAAGGCUGAGGACGUCGACUCGGAGUACUCGUGCGAGGUCGUCUGGCAUCCCGCUGGCAAAUUCUUCGUUGUGCCGAGCAAGGACAGCGGUGAGAUCACGAUCGUCUCACGCGAGACCUGGCAGAAGACCGGCACCUUUUCCUCCAGGGAAGGCCACACCGGCCGCAUCUCGGCCGUCGCCUUCUCCACAAACGGUCUCUACCUCGCCUCCGCCUCGGACGAUCUCAAAGACAUCCUCGUCUGGUCCGUCAAAGACCGCGCGAUCGUUUCCCGCACGCCUCACUCGCACGGGAUGAUCACAUGCCUCGCUUUCCACCCUGCGCCGACCGCAAACUCGCUCGCGUACAUCGACAACAAGGGCCAACUGACGAGGUGGGAGGGCGCUGUGCCGUCUGGUCUGCCGCUCCCGACGUUCUCGAAGCCGCCCGCUUCGACGACUUCGACUACCACUGCAAGCAAGUCCGCUGCAGUCAAUGGUGGAGGACGCAAGCGCAGCGACUCGGCUUCGACAUCGACGUCCUCGCACGCUGGCGGCGCACGAGGCGGAAACGGUCUCUUCCGCAAAGAAGCGUCCGAAGACGAGUUCGACGACCUCGAUGAUGGCGCUCUCGAUGGCUCGAUCGACGACGACCUUGGCGACGGAGCGCUGGACGGGCUUGACCCGCGGGGAAUGUCGGUGGAUCCGUUUGCGGACGACGUGCCUAUCCCGCCCAAGCGUGGAGAGGGUAGGUUGAGGUCGGUAGCGCCGUUGUUGGGCGGCGAGACGAGCAGGACGAAGAUUGUCGAGAAGGGUCAGCCGCCGUUCCAGCCUGGCGCGACGAAGUGGCGGGAGGACAGGCGGUAUCUCGCCUUCAACAUGAUCGGCUACAUCUACGCUGUCGACCGGCACGACGAUGGGCAGGCCGUGACGAUCGAGUUCCACGACCGCAGCGCGCACAUCGCCAGCAAGUUCGACGACAAGAUGAAGUACAACCUCGCGGCUCUCGGCGAACUCGGCGCCAUCUUCUCCUGCCCGUCCGCCGGCGACAGUCCGUCGCAGCUGUUCUACAAGCCUUACGAGUCCUGGACUGCACUUCAGACGUGGACGGCGUCGCUCCCUGCCGGCGAGCAAGCGACUGCACUCGCCAUCGGCGGCAUGGGUCCGGCGACAGACGGCAGCGCCGCCUUUGACGACCCAUCCGUCGGCUUGACCGGUUCCGGCACGAUCCUCGUCGCCACCUCGCGCGGCUUCGUCCGCUUUUUCAGCGGCGCAGGCUUGCAGAAGUACAUCUGGAACGUUGGCGAGGAAGUCGUUGCGAUGGCUGCGGGGAAGGACUGGGCGGCGAUUGUGUACCGUGCUGGCGCGGGCGCUGGCCUUGACUACUCGCUGAUCGACACGGACACGUACGAGGUCGUCCAGCAGGGAAAGGUCCCGCUGUCGAAGGGCGCGACUCUCGCCUGGCUUGGCUUCACGAGCGACAACAUCCCGGUCAUGUACGACUCGAAGGGCCUCAUUUCGAUUCUCGAUCGCUCGCGACGACCUCGGCAAGGUCGCUGGCUUCCUGCGCUCGACACGAACGCGCUGCCACGGAAGGAGGGCAAGCAAGAGUCUUACUGGCUCGUCGGCGUCACCGACCAGCAGGCGCACGUCAUCAUCCUCAAGGGCGGCGAGAAAGAGCCUCACUUCCCGACCCCGCUCCUGCAAGAGUUCGACCUCCAGUUCCCGCUUCUCAACCUUGAUGUCCCGCAAGGUCAGCUCGCCGAGAAGUACCUCCGCGAAUCGCUCUUCGUCCAGCACCGCAAGGAUGGCGCACCGGCAGACGACUACUCGCUCAAGACCGAACUCGCGCGGCAAGAAGUGCAGACCGACAAGCACCUCCUGCAGAUCAUUCAAACGUUCUGCAAGGCCGACAAGCUUGAAGCGGCCCUCGACGCCGUCCUCCUCCUCAGCCAGCCCGCCUCGCUCAUUGCCGCAGCCAAGAUCGCCGCCUUCUUCGAUUUGCCGUCGCUCAAGGAGCGCAUCGAGCUCCUCCAGCAGAUGCGCGAGGACGCCGGCGACCCCGACGAGGCGAACGCGAAGCGACAGAGCAAGUGGGCGCAUCUCGCAGACGACAGGUUCAUCACGUCUGCCCCGGUUGGAGGCGGAGCUCGCUCUUUCGGUACUCCUGGGCUAGCAGCCGCUCACCUUUUCGGACCCGGUGGAGGACACGCCAACAACGACAUGUCUUUCUCGCCUCGCCCGUCCGGCUCGUCUGCGUUCGGUAGCGCUCGUCGCGCGUUUGGCACGCCUGCCUCGGUCGGUCCUUCUAGCUCGUCGAAGAAGCGCAAGAGCCUGCAGGGCCAGUCAGCUCUCGCAGGCAGCGACGGCGCAAUGGAGGACGACGACGAUGCGCUCGAGUAUGCGGACGAGAUGGUCGAGGAGGACGAGCCUGCGUCGUCGCCGAAGCGGAUGAGGGUCGACAGCGAGGAGAUCCAGAUCGAGGAGACGCAGGACAUCGCGCCUGUGCCGAAGAAGGCCGUCAACCCGUUCGCCAAGCGCACCUCGAAUGCCAAGCCGUCUGCGUCGCAUGCCGCGAACCCCUUUGCCGAUAAGAAGGCGGGCAAGGCGAAGGACCUCGGCCGGACCGACAGCUUCUUCCACCGAGUCGAGGGUAAGGAGGCGCCGAAGGCCAAAGGCAAGGGUCGCGCAUCUGCCUCCUCGACUACAGCCGCCGCUUCGACCAAGUCCAAGCCUACAACGACCGGCGGCAAGCAGAUGACCCUCUUCGGCCUCCCUCCUGGCAAAGAGCCCGAGAAGAAGACGAAGAAGCGCAAGUCGACGGCUGACGACGGUGAGGAAGGGGCCGCCACGACUACCGACUCGACUGCUUCCUCGUCGAACAAGAAGCUGGAGGCGUUCCGCAAGAAGCCUGGGACGGCCGCGACGGCUGGCCUUGGUGCCGAGGCGGCGAGGGAGCUGCCGCGCGAGGACGAGGAGAUGGAGGAGACGCAGAUUGUUGACGAGACGCAGCAGGACGAGGAGAGUUUGCCUACUCCGCCGGCCAAGAGGCGGGACAGCGAGCUCGAGGCUGUGAGGGAGGAGCAGGAGGAGGAGGCGGAGGACACGCAGAUGAGCGAGACGCAGGUGGAGACGCAGGUCGAGGAAGAUCCCGAAUCGCUCAAGGAAAACACGCGCCCUCCGUCGUCCGCCGCACCUGACGCCGCCUCGAAGCUCGCCCAAUUCGCCUACAAGAAGCCCGACGUCGUGCCCGAGGUCGCGACGCCUCCCGCCGAGGCUGUCGAGACUGCCGAAGCGUCUGCUACUGCUGCUUAG